GGAGUAUGAGGAAGUAACUGUUUGAUUCUUGCAGUGGAUGUUUUGCAGGUCGCAGGCUGCUGUUGGCUCGGACCGUCUGCCUGCCUGUGGAGGCUGCAGUCUGAGGAGCUCAACCUGUGGAUUAUAACCACACAGACACACAAACUCUCAACGUUGGACACCUGAGGAGGAGAGGAGGCCCGCUGGAACAAUGGCGAAGUACCACUGGCAGAGUCAAAAUGUGAAGCAAAGCGGCGUGGACGACAUGGUGCUACUAUCCAAAAUCACUGAGGACGCCAUCGUGGACAACCUCAAGAAAAGAUACAUGGAUGACUACAUAUUUACGUACAUCGGCCCUGUGCUGAUAUCAAUCAACCCGUUCAAACAGAUGCCGUAUUUCACUGACCGAGAGGUCGAACUCUACCAAGGAGCUGCCCAAUAUGAAAACCCACCACACAUCUACGCCUUGUCUGACUUCAUGUACAGAAACAUGAUGAUCGAUGCAGAGAACCAGUGUGUCAUCAUUAGCGGUGAGAGUGGUGCAGGAAAGACGGUGGCAGCCAAAUACAUCAUGGGUUACAUUUCCAAAGUAUCUGGAGGAGGAUCAAAAGUUCAGCAUGUAAAAGACAUCAUCCUACAGUCAAAUCCUCUGCUGGAAGCCUUCGGUAACGCCAAGACCGUCCGCAACAACAACUCCAGUCGUUUUGGGAAAUACUUUGAGAUUCAGUUCAGCAGAGGAGGAGAGCCAGACGGCGGCAAAAUCUCAAACUUCCUGCUGGAGAAGUCAAGGGUGGUGAACCAGAAUGAAAACGAGAGAAACUUCCACAUUUACUAUCAGAUGAUAGAGGGCGCAAACACUCAGCAGAAAGAGGGCCUGGGCAUCAUGACACCAGACUAUUACUACUAUCUCAACCAGUCUGGGACCUACAAGGUGGACGGAACCAAUGACAGCAAAGACUUCCAAGAGACUAUGGAGGCCAUGCAGGUGAUUGGGAUACCAGGAGACAUCCAGGCUCAGGUUCUGCAGAUCGUCGCAGGCAUCCUCCACCUGGGAAACAUCACCUUUAUAGAGGCAGGCAACUAUGGGCAGGUGGAGAGCACAGACUUGCUUGCAUUCCCCGCCUAUCUGCUUGGCAUCGACCCCAACCGUCUGCAGGACAAGCUGAUCAGCCGCAAGUGGGACGGGAAGGGAGAGUCCAUCAAAGUGACUCUGAACCAGGAGCAGGCCACCUACACCCGAGACGCCCUCGCCAAAGCCCUCUACGCACGCCUCUUUGACUACCUGGUGGAGGCCGUAAAUAAAGCCAUUCAAAAACCAUGUGAAGAAUUCAGCACCGGAGUACUUGACAUUUAUGGCUUUGAGAUAUUCCAGAAAAACGGCUUUGAGCAGUUCUGUAUCAACUUUGUCAACGAGAAACUGCAGCAGAUCUUUAUUGAACUGACUCUGAAGGCUGAGCAGGAAGAGUACGUUCAGGAGGGCAUCAAAUGGACUCCCAUCGAGUACUUCAACAACAAGAUUGUGUGCGACCUGAUUGAAAAUAAAUUGAACCCUCCAGGCAUAAUGAGCGUUCUGGAUGACGUGUGCGCCACCAUGCACGCCAAAGGAGAGGGUGCAGACGGCACGCUGCUGCAGAAACUGCAGGCCGCCGUGGGAACGCACGAACAUUUCAACAGCUGGAACUAUGGUUUCGUCGUACAUCACUACGCUGGCAAGGUGUCGUACGAUAUCAAAGGCUUCUGUGAGAGGAACCGGGAUGUGCUGUUCCCCGACCUCAUCGAGCUCAUGCAAAGCAGUGAAUAUCACUUCAUCUGUAGCUUGUUCCCUGAAAAACUCAACACAGAUAAGAAAAGCAGGCCGACCACAGCCAGCUCCAAGAUCAAGAAACAAGCCAAUGAUCUGGUGAGCACGCUGAUGAAAUGUACUCCACACUAUAUCCGCUGCAUCAAACCCAAUGAGACAAAAAGACCAAAAGACUGGGAGGAGAGCAGGGGGAGGCAUCAAGUUGAAUAUCUCGGACUGCGGGAAAACAUUCGUGUAAGAAGGGCUGGAUUUGCGUACCGCAGACCCUUCAAUAAGUUUCUGAUGAGGUAUGCCAUUCUGACAGCGGAGACGUGGCCAUGUUGGAGGGGUCCGGAGCAGCAGGGGGUCCUUCACCUCCUCCGCUCCGUCAACAUGGAUACUGACCAAUACCAGAUGGGCCGCAACAAGGUCUUUGUGAAGAACCCUGAAUCGCUUUUCCUUCUAGAGGAGAUGAGGGAGAGGAAGUUCGACACUUUUGCCAGGAUCAUUCAAAAAUCCUGGAGGAGAUACAUUGCCAGGAAGAAGUAUGAGCAGAUGAGAGAGGAGGCCUCAGACAUCCUGUACAACUCGAAGGAGCGAAGGAGGAACAGCAUCAACAGAAACUUUGUGGGAGACUACCUCGGCCUGGAGCAGAGGCCUGAGCUGCGGCAGUUCCUCGCCAAGAGGGAGCGCGUCGACUUUGCCGACUCUGUCAACAAGUUUGAUCGCAGAUUCAAGUCUAUCAAGAGAGACUUGAUCUUGACCCCCAAGGGGAUCUAUCUGAUUGGUCUAGAGAAAGUGAAGAAAGGACCCGAGAAGGGGCAGAUAAAGGAGGUGCUGAAACGAAAGCUGGAGUUUGCGAGCAUCAGUGGCGUCUCUCUCAGUACGAGACAGGAUGAUUUCUUCAUUCUACAUGAGGCCCAGUACGACAGUCUGCUGGAGUCCAACUUUAAGACAGAGUUCCUCAGUCUGCUGUCCAAACGCUACGAGGACAUCAACAAGAGAAAACUGACGAUCUCCUUCACCGACAGGUUGGAGUUCAGAGUGAAGAAGGAGGGCUGGGGUGGAGGAGGCUCCAGGAUGGUGGUGUUUAUGAGCGGGCAAGGGGACCUGGCUCAGAUCAAACCCGGUGGGAAGACCCUCACCAUCACAGUGGGUGACGGUCUGCCAAAGUCUUCCAAGCCAACGAGGAAGGGUGCCCCGAAGUCUCAGGGUGGUGGAGGGAGAAAUAAUGUUGGGAACAGAGGGCACCAGAAUGAAACAGCCAAGUUUUCCAGAGCCCCUCAGAGCCAACCAUCAGAAAUCACGUAUUCUACCCCGAACAAACAUGGCCGCCCACCCAGCACAGCCCCACCCAAACUGGGCUCCCAGAGGGCCCCUCGAGUCCCAGUCCACAACCAGAACCACCAAGGGAACAUGGACUUCCUCAAUGUGCCUGAUCAGGGCAUGUCAGGGUGAGAAAGACAUUAAAUAAA